AAAUAGUGUCCGUUCCUCCAAGCUCAGGACGAUUCCGUCAUGGUGGCUCUUCUGUACCUAGGUGUGAUACUCUCGGCUGUCUACGCAACAGCUGUUGCGAAUUCAGACAUCAAGGUUGACUGUGGAAAAGACUCCAUAAGAAUCAAAUGGAAGAUCAGUGCGGAGAUGGUGCCGAAGGCUGGCCGUCUCUUCCUUGGAACCUGCAUGGCCACUACUUUGAAUGUCCUGCCCAGCGGAGAGGGGGAAGUCUACUUCAACCAAAAAUUAUCUCAUUGCCAAUUUCAAAAAUUGAUAACACGAAAACAUGUCACCUUCACAAACGAGCUGACUUACAGGCCCGAGCCGAGGUCCAAACCAGCUGCCUUUGUGCAUGCCGUCGAGUGUGUUUAUUUAAGACCCCCAGGAAUCAUUCCACCUUCCCAGAACCCUGGAGCUGGUGUUUCUGAAGGCCGAGGCGGGCUGGUGUUCCACAUGGCUCUGCUCAAUGCGGAGUUAUCAAGUGUCGCAAAGUCCAAUGUUGUCACCCUGGGCUCUUUCCUGCCAAUAUGGGCGGUAGUGGAGCAGAAGUCCCAUCAGCCCUUGCUGCUGCUCAUGGAGGAAUGCGUGGCGACCUCGACACCAGAGCUGCACCCUGGGAGCGUCGUACACCCCAUCAUCGGCAAUAAAGGCUGUCUUCUGGAAAGCAUGACUGAGAACUCCCUGUUCCUUCCUCGCUACCAGUCGUCUGCAGUCACCCUUCUCCUGCAAGCCUUCCAGUUGGGUGUUGGAGAGGAGGUGUACAUUCAUUGCAAACUGGUUGCAUGGGAUCCUGAAGCUCUUGAUGAAACCAAAAAAGCCUGCCAUUAUAAGAAGGAAAGUAUGAGGUGGGAACUGCUCGAUGACCCCUCUAACAGCUCCAUCUGUAGUUGCUGUGACUCCACCUGUGCAUCCCGCUCCAAAAGAAGAGUUGAACUGGAAAACCACGGCUUCAGUCACUUUUCUGUGUUGGGACCCCUGAUCAUAAUGGAUCCGUCUGACCCAACGGCCAACAUGUCUAAGGAGACUAAUUUUGCAGCUUGAGUCAUGAAAAUGUAAGGUC